AUGAAUGAGAUUCAACAUUUUAGUCAUCGGCAUCCUCUAUAUGGAUUUGUGGGUUUGUGGUGGCCUGUUGUAUUCACUUGUGGUAUGUGCAAUCAGCCACUCGACAGAUGUGAAGUACAUUACGAAUGCCGCCGUUGCGACUAUCAAAUCCACACGGCAUGUGCUGAGUUGCCAGAGCUUAUCAACAACUCUUUGCAUGGCACACACUCCCUCAACCUCCUUAAGAGAUCAUCAUUGGAGACUUCUAUUCGUUGCUUUUACUGUGACAAAUCCUUCGGAAAUGAAUUUGCUUACACUUGCAAGGAGUGUGCUUUCUACAUGCAUAUCAGAUGUAGUUCGAUUCGACAACCCACAAUAGCAUGUGAUGAUCAUGGCGUCAUUCAAUUCUCAUGCCAUCAACAUCCAAUGCCACUUGUGGUCGAGCAUGGUAUAGUGAAGAUGAUGAAGAUGAUGGAGAUAGUGAAGAUGAUGAAGAUAUUAUUCUUGAUAAACUGCCACAGAAAAUUCAACAUCCUUUUCAUUCACACAAACAUCUUACCCUUGAAUUCAGUAAGCCUCAAUCUUGUGAUCUUUGCUAUAAAAAAGAUUGCAGACUCGUUUUUAGCUGUCAUGAAAUUGGGUGUACCUUUAAGGUUUGUACCGAAUCACAUACAUAGUUUGACUCUUCUUGAUUCAGUCGUUGAGGAUAAUUGUCACGAAUAUUAUUGCGAUGUGUGUGAAAAAGAAAGAAACCCAGACUUUCGUGUUUACAAUUGUUCUAAUUGCCGAUACGAAGCACAUAUACAUUGUUUGAUCCUUCAGAUUAUGAAAUUGAUGAAAAUGGGCAACGACAUUAGUAAUAAUGUGGAGCUUUGGGCUUUGGGAGAAAAUCGAUGGAAUUGGACAAUUGCAAUUGAAGAAAGAGAUUAUAAUAAUACUCACAAAGUGACACUUGGGGACCUAAUGAGUUGUCUAACCCAACAAGAAAAGGAGAUCCUUCUUCAUCCAAGGAGUAUUAAUUUUAGUUUUGUAAUAAGUAAGCAUGAUAGUUACAAAAAUGCUAAUUCUCGAUUUCAUCAAUUGGGAAGAUCUAUUGAAGAUUUUGAAACAAUUACUGAAUUUUUCCAAAAGUUUGAUAGCUUGAAAAAUGGCUUUGAUAAUGAGAUUUAUUGGUACACUCGUGAAGAAGGAAUAAGGUUUAAAGUAGAGGAUAAGUAUUUAAGGCAAGAGGUUAUGGAAGUUGAUGGUAAGUACAAGGUACCCAAGACACUGGCACCUAUUUUGAAAACAUUGCUUGACAACUACUGCGGAGGAGGAGAUCUUGGAGGAUUAUCAAGUUUGAGCCCUGCAAUGAAGAGUGUGUCUACAACAAUACUACUAAUUGUCAUUGACAAAAUGUGUAGAACCAAGAUUGAAGAUGUUACCUGGGAUGAACUCAAAGAAUGGCAUUUUUAUCUUCAUUGCAUUGAUUGGAUUACAUAUUUUAAAGUAUGUGGAGACUUGGAUGACUUGAGAAAGAAAUUCAUUCGAGGUUAUUGGAGUUUCAAAGUCAUAAGAUGUAAACAAGACUCCAAGAAUCAAAUAUAUGAGAAGAUUGAAUUUUUAAAAGCUGAACUGAAAAGAUGGGAGGAGAAUCUUGACAAGUUGGAAGAGAUAGACAUGAAUGGUUUCUUGAAAACUUACGCUUUGCCGCUGAAGGAGAUGACUGUUGAUGAAGACGUGGAUUACUCAGAAAACUUGGCUUGGCAUCUAAAGUAUAAGACUGUUGGUGACAUGUUCUUUGGUAACUUAGAUGAAAAUUUAGGCUAAAUAUGUGUGUGUGUGUGUGCAUGCAAGUGCUUUCACUUUUCUUUUUUUUCAUGUUUACAAUAAUCAUGUUUCUUUCUUUUGCUUUUUUACUUUUUUAAUUGAAUGUAGUGUUGAUACUCAACCGAAUUAAUGAACUUACAUUCGUUUUUGUGUGAUUAAAGUGUUCUCAUUAAUUACUUUUUUUGUUGUUGUAUUAAUACCA